AUGUACUCUCCCUUCAGUUCCAAGGAGAAUCUGCAGUCCAGCGAGGAGGUUGAAGAUCUACACGUGAUUGACACACAGCCAGGACACUCCGUGGAUGUGCCACUCUUCUCUGACUUUAGCCCAAUUAAUCCGAUUAUGGAAGAGGAUUCUGAGGGCGUUGAAGGCGGCAAAACCAGUGAAGCCAAAGGCAUUAGUGUUGGCGGUGGGCAAAAGGGCAAAGGCGAUGGCGGUGGCAGUGGCGGUAGUGGGGGCAAUAGAUUGAAGAGGAACAUCAAGCACACCGGGAGCCUGAUUGUGCGUAAACUAACUGCCGGCAGGCACAAUGAUGCGGACAAGAAGGGUGCGAUUAGGAAGAAGGAUAAGGAGCAGCAGGAAGUGGCGGACACGGAUAAGGAGAAACCAGGCAGCAAGCCGGAGGGCAAGGUAGCCAUGCUGCGCACCACAACCCUCUAA